CGACUGGAGAUGCUCUUACCCAGAGCUCAAAUCCUCAGGCCUCAGGUCAAUGGCAAGAAACUCCUCAUUAUAAACACCACCAUCUCCUCCAAGAUCUGAAUCAAGAAAAAUCCCCGGAGGCAACAAUGUGCGGCUGCGACGACGAUUGCUGCGGCUGCAUCUCUUACAGGACCCGGGAGAACAUCAAGUACGGCUGCAUCUGCUUCGGCAUCGUAGCCGCCAUCGUCCUCUUCGCCGUCCUCCUGGCCGCCUACGCCUUCCUCCGCCACAUCACCAUCAUCGUCGAGGACGCCUCGCUUACCAGGUUUGCACUUCUGACCUCCCCGACGACGGCGCUCGCCUACAACCUCUCGCUUACGCUGAGCGUCCGCAACCCGAAUUGGGCGAUGACCAUGAAGAACACUGAGCCGUUUGAAGCUGCUUACAAGUUCGACGGCCAGCAGUUCGACCGCGUGCUGCUCGCCGACAAGGGCUUCAAGCACUCCCCCGGGAAGACCAUCCUGUACCGCCUCGCCACGAGCUCGGAGAGCGACUACGUGUCGCUGGGCAACGCCGGCGUGGCGGAGUACAAGAAGGAGAACCAGACGGGGGUGUUCGAGCUUCAGGUGGCGCUGACCCGCAAGGUAAGCUACACGGCGCGCUACACCAAAUGCAAGAUCGAGGCCACCUGCCCGCUCAAGCUCCGGAUCGAGCAGCCCGGCGCGACCACGGUGGUGUUCGAGAAGGUGAAAUGCAAGCUUGCAAAGGCAGAGAAGAACUGCUAGCUAGAACUGAAUUGAUUUCUUGUACUGUUUCCGUUGCCUGCUGGUUUGUAAUUAUUUCAAGUGUGUGUGUGUGUGUGUGGAAUUCUCCCCAUUCUUUGAUGCAAGAUGCGGUAACUUUUGAUGCUAUCUUGCUAUUCCAAAAAAUAGAUGUGUGAUGCUA